AUGGUUUCCUCGUUCUGCUGGGGCUGCUUGACGCGGCUUCGUCCGGCGUCUCGAGCUAUCCUACCACCAUCGUUGACAACAACCAGAGUCGCCGCGUUCCACUCGUCACAGGUCCAAUAUGCCAUGCCCGCGAAGAAGAAGGCGAGUCUCGACGGCCCGCCCAAAUACCGUCAAGCGAAGUCCGCCAAGAUGAAGAAGAAGAAGCCUGUCGAUAGGCCCCGUCCGCCGCCGGUGGGAGAGCGCAAGACCCUCCGGAAACGCAUCGUCCUCAGCAACCCGAAUGCUCUCGAGGUUGAGGGCAUGCCAGAUCUUACUGGAGAGACUAUGGUCGAUGCGCGCCUCCGUGGGACCGUCCUCGGUCUGCCGCUGCCCAUGCUGGAUCAGUUGAGAGCCGUCCAGGCUUUCAAGCCCAAGCAGGGCUGGUCGAUAUUCCGCCGGCCCGGCACUGUGAUGAGACGCGAGACCGUGGAGCUGGGGAGGUUGUUUGAUCAGAUCUCCAGCGAUGGUGAAGAUAAGGGCAAGGUGGUUAAGAGAAUCGUCACUGGCGUGCGGGGUUCGGGGAAGAGUGUGCACUUGCUGCAGGCUAUGACAAUGGCCUUUGGUAAGAAAUGGGUUGUGUUCACUGUUCCUGAACCUCAGGACCUGGUCAUUGCUCACACCGGCUACGCUCCCCUCUCCGACGAAGUCCAGAACCUAUAUGUUCAGAAUGAGGCUACUGCUGCUAUGUUGUCUCGCACUGUCACCGCCAAUUCAGAGGUCCUCGGCGGGCUCAAGGUCUCCCGAGAGCACCCCGCCCUUCGGAAGGCUGCAAAGGCUGGAAUGAGCCUGGUCGAAUUGGCCAAUCUCGGCAUCAAUGAUCCUGCCAUUGCCUGGCCUGUCUUUGAGGCUCUCUGGGCGGAGCUUACUGCGACAUCCGCCGCCCCCGGCUACGAGAAGGCAUUCAAUCCCCGUCCUCCCAUCCUUGCUACGGUGGACGGUCUGGCCCACUGGAUGAGAAAUACCGAAUACCGCAGCGCUGAGUUCGAGCCCGUCCAUGCCCACGAUCUGGUCUUCGUACAACACUUCCUUUCGCUGUUGAAGCCUGGAGCUAAACAGCCUACGCUCUCCAACGGCGGCAUGGUACUCUACUCGACCUCUGCCUCCAACAACCCCACCAUCUACAGCUUCGAAGUCGCUCUCAAGCAGAUCGCCGCUCGCCAGGCCGGCGUGAGCCCUUCGUCUCCCGAAUUUCCCCAGGCGGACCCUUACAGCAAGGCCGACAAGCGCGUCCUCGACGCCUUCGAUUCCCCCAAGUCCACCUUGGCGAAGGAAGGUUCCCUGGAACUCCAGACUCUCGGCGGUCUGACACGCGACGAGGCUCGCGGCCUCAUGGAGUACUUCGCGCGCAGUGGUCUCUUGCGCGAGAACAUCAACGACGAGUGGGUCGGCGAGAAAUGGAGCUUGGCGGGAGGUGGUGUUGUCGGCGAGCUGGAGAAGUUGGGCAGACGGCUCCGAGUGAUUGCUUAG